GUGUGUGGGUGUGUGGGUGUGUGCCGUUGUUGAAUGUGGUGUGGUUAUGGAACUUCGGGCCGAGGGAGGUCGGAUGUUUAUUGUUUUUGCGCUGUGCUGGCUGGGGGUUCGGCGCGGAGAACCUGGGCGUUCGAUUCGGGACGGGACGGGGGAUCGGGACGGGGUGGGGCCGUUGUGGAGACUUUCUGCCGACGGGAUACGGCAUAGAUCCGUUGGGGCAGACUUGGCUGCGCGCUGCUCGAGCGAUUCUGUGGUACGUUGUUUUCCGGGUGGUGAUGGAAACUUUCUAGAAUUUCUAGAGGGGAUGGUUCCCAAGCAUCUUCGCGUUUUUCUUCAGUCCUGAGCGAGACGGACGACUUGGCUCGGGUAUCGCUGCCCUGGCGUCUUCACGUCUGGCCCAGGAUCGAUUCCAUUUGACGUUCCCGAAGCAACAAUCGUGGCCUUGGACCUGCGCUAAGCGUCGUACAUUAGAUAAAUGUGCGGGCCAGGGAUGGCGGCCUGGAGGAGAAGGCAUGUACAGUUUAGCUCCGGCUUGCCAAUGGGUGUUGGCCGAGAAUAGCCCCCGAAAGUUUGACGUCUUUGCAAGUCCAACGUUAAAUAUACAAGAAGAGUUAUUGUGAUAUCAUGCCAAGUGGAUAGCAUCGUGCCAUCUCCGAGCAACAAGGCAACCCGUGUGAACCGUCCGCCACUGUCUGUCUACCGCUGCGGCCCUGCUUCAUUAUGGGCUCUUUAAUACCGAUAGAGCCAGUAUCGACGACACCGGAUCAAAAUCAUAUCCAACCGUGAGCCCCCCCCCCCCAACCUAUCCU